AUGUCCUCCAGAGGAAUCAACUUCGAGGGAUUUCUUGAAUUGAUGAUUGACCGAGUAGAGGACGAUCCUUCAAGUUGGCUUGUGCAUGAACUUUACGAAAUAUUCUCGCUUCCCGCUCCUGCUUACUACUUUGAGAAAGUUGAAUUCAUAACUUUGAGCCUUCUCCAAAAAACAUGCCUUCCAUAUUCCGAGUACCUCGGAUCCUCAUUAUGGAUCAUGGGCCCUUCAGUUGCCCGACCCGCAAUGAUCGGAGGCACUGCAAGGGGCCAAUGGCAAGAAGACCUCACAUGCGGCAAAACACACCCCUUCAUGCUAAGGCUUAUAAAGAUGGGAGCGGAUCUGCAUUACAUUGGCCCCACUGGCCAAUCAAUCUUCGAACGGCUUCUCUCACAUGCUGUGGCGGGUAAUGAAGUUGUGAUGAUGUCGGCUUGGCUCAACCUUCUCCAACAAUGUGACAUUGAUUUGCAAGACUACUGGGUGCAAGAAAUGACUCAUAGCGACGGCAAGGUCUUGGAGCUGUCAUGUGUCUACAAUAUAUUCUAUGCUUGCUGGCCGACACGAAUCAUCAAAUACGAACGUGGCAGGGACGGGCAAGCUUUACCUUCACCUACGGUCCAACGAUACGUGGAUCCAGCCAGUUCUGCGACUCUUCUUCUUGAAGAAUUCAACUUUGCACCAGAUUUGGUGUUGAGGUGGGGUCUGCAUUGCUGGGCGUUCAAAGACUUGCUCAGAUAUUGCGAAUCUAUACCAUCCAAACUACUAGGCUUUCUGUCGGAACAGCCAAUACAAAAGUUCUUUACAUACUUGGCGAAGAUCCAUUCAGACGAACACUCGACGGAUGAGACUCUUGUCGAUUCCACGGAUACUGCUAGAAGAGUGCGGGAAAUUACCAUUGAUUCUUUGCAUCUAUGCCCCUGCGAUGUUGCUGGCAAUUACUUUGAUCUAUGGCCAUUCUCUGGCCGCAUACAUACAAUAUGUAGGGCCAAGAGCUCGGCCAGGGGUCAAUCUUGUGAUAGAGUACAGGGUGCAUGCACAUUUCAUACGUGUACCUUUAAUCAUGAGAGAUUUGAAAGAAAGCAGGCCAAGAAGAAGUCGAAAAGACGCAGGCGAGAAGGACAAAUGGUUGGUGGGCUGAAUAUCCCGGGUGCGUGGAUUGACUGA